UCUUUUUUUUUUUUUUUUAAAGCCCGUCCGCACAAAUUACAUCCGUGCUUGCUAGACCAUAGCAUCCUAUGGCUGGACCCUCGAUACAAAGAGGCCUGCCAGGGGGCACCACCACCACCACGAUCCUUCCAUCCAGCGGUUUUGUCGUACGUCAACCAGCGUCAACGAUGGGACAGCAGCAGAUAUUCCCGCGUUCGGCAGGCAUGGCGACGCAGCUGCCACACAUACAUUUAGCUAACACACCUUACACUUCGAUUCAUAUAUCGCUGUCCAGAUCAGUUGUCACGUCCCGGUGCCAUCACCUAAGACACACGGCCGCGCACACCGUCGGGAAGAACUGGGGUGUCGCCGUGUCGAACGCACUGAAACGCGUUGCACUACUUGUUCUGCCCAUAUAUUGCUAGCGCUCCCAAAACGUGGAUGUCGUUGACGGCAUUCGAAUUCGAAUCCUUCAUUUCGGACAUCAACCGAAGAACUGAAUGAUAUGAGCAUUGUUCAACCGAAGAGCGUCUCGCAACUCGCAAGCCGUAGCAGGUGCUCCGGCCUCGGUGUUGGUAUUGCUCUUACUGUUCAAAACGGCGCCCAUUUCCUGUUUCCUUCCUCCUGGGUUUUGCCCAUUAUCCGUGCGCAUCUUGCGCUACGCCUCUACGCCUUGUAUAUUUCAUCCCUGCGUUGCAAUACUUGUAUACGUCAUAGGCUAUUGUAUUGCGUCACGUGAAGACAGGCGAGCAGCAUACACGAAGUAAACAGCUUUCCUCGGGAAGAAGCCUACGUGCCUACGUCUCUGGUCACAACAGCGUCUGCUCUUUCGGAUCCUUCGCACACCCCCCGGAUGACUUUCGACACUUGUAUGAGCUGUAUUGAGGUGCUACUCUUCUUUGUCGUCGCUUGUCUCAACGAAGUAUCUGCCGACGAUAUUGGGCGGAGACCAUUCACCAGCAGUGACUUUCACAGAAAUGACUGGGACUCAAAAUUUGCAUCCGCAAAGCGAACCUUCGACACAGGAAAGCGGGCAGUUAUCACCUUCGUAUGUAUUGUAGGGAUGGUCAUGCUCUGCAUGCUCUGCUACCGCUGCUGCAAGAGAAGACAGCUGCGCUCAAACCCUGGUGUCAUCGUCUAUGGUGCCCCGGCUCUCAGCGUUACACCUCACCAAAGGCCCCCACCUUUACCGUCACAGCCUCUAGCUGCGGGAUUUAUUCCGAGCCCUUAUUCGGCCCCAUAUCCUCCACAGACUGCUCAGUAUCAAGCUCCUUAUCCAACAGCUUACAGCCCAAGUGUGAACAUGUUCGAUCAACCUUCAGCGCCCCCACCUGCAUCACCACCGCCACCUUACAGUCAGGCAGUGGCAUCGCCGUUCUUUGAACCGUUGAAGAGACAGUCCUGAGGAACACCCAUCGCUCAGGGCGUUGUAGAAUCAAAGUGACCUGACUUGUAUUCACGACGAAAAAGGGGUCGUGAAGGACUGUUUAUGUGCGCAAUCGCCACAGGGAAGUGUACAAGUCAUCACUUCGUGCACCACGUAACGUCAGCGUUUUCGUAAACACAUCCGGUGCUGUUAAAAAGACGUGACAGGUGGCGUAGCUGAUCCUUCUCAUCAUGCAAAGGUGUAACUUUAGAAAAGUGAUGCACUUGAGACAGAAAAAGACCUGUGUGCAUCAACUGUACCAGUGACUGGAGAGGCAGACCCUGCCAUAGAAGAGAAGUUUUACUGCUCCACAGAUUUUGUUAUUUUCGUUUUUUCACCGUACCUAGAGUCUGUGUCUGUGAUCUAUUUACAGAUGUUAAUUGAGCAUGUAAGUGCAAUGUCCUCAGGUAGUUACUGUGUUGUACGGUUAAAAAAGCCCAAAAUCCGAUGGCAUGAACGUAGUAUUAUCGUGUUCAGCAGCCAUGUGCACAUUCACAGUUUUAGGCAGUGCAGUGCGCGGAACUAGAUUUAAUAUUGCCAUCAAGAAGUUCAUUACUGGCCAUUGAAACAUCAUUUACACUGACUUGGACAUCUAAAUUUUUGUAGCUACGUAAUGGUGUCUGUUGGUUAUCACAUGAGCGGGGGUUAUGAACAGAAUGCACUUUCACAGGUGAAAAAAAUCAAAACGAUACUGUUCAUUGCUAGAGACAUUUUUAUGAAUGACUGAUUGCAUUGCGAUUAUUAUUUCACUACACUGAAUGAGUAGAGAACAUGCCUAGAAGAGUGCGUACUACAAGUAACCAAUGAGAAUUAACCGAGGCAGGCUACAAACAUGGAGUACACAAACUCGUAAUAUGCCUCCAAUGCCCUGAACAGAAAUCCUGAGUUAUUUGAAUCUAUUACAAGCACUCUUGUCACAAAGUCUUCAAAUUUACUCAAAAAUUUACUGAGGUUGUAAAUCUUUGCUGUACAAAUCAGUUGUGCAAAAUCCCAUAGUUUUUAUGCGGUAUGACAUUUUCCCGCUGUGUUAUUUUAUAGCUUCCGUGACAGCAAGUAAUUCACUGGGUAUGCUGCUUUGACGCGGCGUAUAUUGUCUUGCAGUCGCCAGGACACGUGGUUGUUACAUGUGAUAAAUUUUUUGAUGACAUGCCAUACAGAAAAGAUAUGUAUUGGUGCAUGACUGUAGGAUGAUGCUUCUGUCUGUGUGCCUUUUAUCAUAUUACAGUUAAAUGUGCCAUAUUUGUAGAAAUGAUUUAGCUAGAGCACAGAAUGUAAGACAAGCACCCCCCUCCCCUCUCCCACCAAGAAUUAUGUUUCUUUAGAAAGGCAAUCUGCACUCUCUUGGUCUGGAUCUGUAUGAACCAUAGUUGCAGCACAGCUUUGUGAAGUAUACAGGCGUGCCUUACCAUUUUUUUAUGUGUGUAUAGCACAGUUUUAUUUAGCCAAAGGAGAGCUAAACAUAUUUAUUAAACAAAAUAUUUUUCAGGAGGCAUUACGCAGUAUCUCAUGUGGAAGCUUCUGUGUUGAGAUGCCAUUUUUAUUUGUUAAAUAAAUUUUAUCUAUUUUA